CGCGGUGCUUGAUGGAGGCUCUCGGGAGUGGCACCCGCACCUAGAGUAGAUCAAAACCUCCUCGGGAGGGAGAAGAGAAGGGGCCCAAGCCUCGCCUCGUCUCGCACCACAAAAAGGAUCGCGUGAACCGCACGAGAAGCCCACAGCAGCAGCAAUGGCGCCGCACGCGUCGUGAGACGGACAGGGCCACAGCCUACAGAGGGCGGGCGGCGUUGGCGGUGGGGAGCGAGUAACCGGGCCAGUUUGCGCGCGCGUGCGCCAUGGAGGGCGGCCCGGCGAUGGCUCCGGCGGCCGCGUGGUGGCCAGGCGCGGGGGCGGGGGCGCAGGAGCAGGAGGAGAUGCGGUGGCGGCAGCUGGACGGCGGCGUCAGCGCCGUCUCCUUCGGCUUCGUCGCCACGGCCAUGCUCGUCUCCAUGUUCCUCGCCAUGGCCGUGCUCGAGCACUUCCUCCGCGCCCCGCCCAUGGGCCCGCCGGAGCCCUCGCCGCCCCGUGGACCAAGAGGGAUCCUCCUCCGCUUCCUCCGCAGCCGCCGCCGCGGUGGACCCCCAACCGCGGAUCUCGAGGCCGCCAGGAAGCUCGACGCCGGAUGCGCGUCCCCCGAGAUGCCCGUGUAUUCCAAAGGCGUAUCCGUCCUGAUGCCAGGACAGGACGUGCCGACGUUCAUCGCGCACCCCGCGCCCGCGCCCUGCCCCCCAGAGCGGGUCCGAUGGCCGUCGCACCAGCCCGCUCCUUUCGCCGGUUCCUCGUCGAAUACGUGCUAGCAUAUGACCGCCGGACCGGAACACCGCUCUGCCCCACCAUCCAAGGGAAGGAGCAAAGGAAUGGCGGUGACGAUCCACAGGGAGGGAGCACACCCCUGUUCUCUUCUGUGGCCAUGCCACCGGUUCCCUGGUGGAACGGGGAGCGGUUCUCUCCAUGCGUUGUACAGUUUGUUUAGAUGUCUGUUGUGGAGCAAGUUCUGCUGGCUCCUGCUGCUGCCUGUAUUAUGGCGGGAGAGGAGCGGCUAGUCCAGUGGAUCCAUGGAAUUGUUGCCGAUCCCGCUUGCUCGGCUACUAGUGUUUAGAUGCUUCCGUUGUCGUUUGUCAUAGAGUCGUAGAUGUGUGUCAUGGAUGGGUGUACACGUCUCGUGUAAUUUCGCUGCAUAAAUGACUUGUAGCCUGUGGGACUUUCGCCCCCUGGGAGACUUGGGUUCUAGAGAUUUUGAAAUCUUCAUUCUAGCUGUUCUUGC